AUGGCGCCAGCGUUGGAGCCUCGAAAAAUCGAUGACGAUACCCGUUUCAUCCUGUACAUGACUAUGCCCUAUGCGGCAAUGUACACGCUCUGGGUUGUUGGUUUCCCUCUGAUCGCAUGGAUCGAGCAUCUCAAUAGACGGACACAGAACGAUUACGCCGAUCCGUGUUGCUUCCCAUCCUGGAUGGAGACGGUUGUAUGGAGUGUUGUUUCUCCGUGGGUGGCCCUUUUCAAGAUUGAAGAAGCCACCGCUCCCUUGGCGACCGGCGAGGUCGAGAUGGUCAACAACGCCAGACACAGCGGGGACACAGAAUCUCUUGCCACUCAUACAUAUGCCGCGGUCUCGACGUCACAGGCAGAGACGCCGGAGAAUGGAUCGUAUGGCCCACAGAUGGCCGCUCCACCGCCGUAUGCAAACUGA